AUGAGUGCUGACAACGGGGUGAAAGUCGUUGCGGAGCAGGUACAAGAUUUGUCCUUGGCAGGUGAGAACAAGGCUGUUGAAGCUCAAGCUGAGAAACCACUAGUGAAUAAGAAAGAAAAGAAGAAGGAGAAGCACAAUGGUAAGAACCCAUUAUAUUUGGACCCUCAGCCAGCGUUCAUUGAUGAACGUAUACAAAUGUUCGACCGUUUAAAGAAGGAAUACGAUGACAAAGUUGCAGCAGCACCACGCGUUGCAUUAACCGUAGUCUUGAAGGAUGGAUCCACUAAGGAAGCCACCGCAUGGGAAACUUCACCAAUGGACAUUGCUCAACAGAUUUCAAAGUCUUUCUCUGAAAGACAAUGUAUUUCCAAGGUUAACGGCGAGUUAUGGGAUUUGGAGAGACCUUUAGAAGGUAAUGAAGGUGAUGAACUUAAGGUUGAAUUCUUUGAUUUUGAAUCUGACACUGGUAAGAAAGUGUUUUGGCAUUCUUCUGCCCACGUCUUGGGUGAAGCAUGUGAAUGUAACUUAGGUGCUCACAUCUGUUUAGGACCUCCAACUGAUGACGGGUUCUUCUACGAGUUUGCAUGCAGAGAUUCAAUGGAUGCCGAUUCUCCAGAAAGAACUGUGUCACAAGCUGAUUUCCCAAACUUGGAAAGUGUUUCCAAGAACGUCAUCAAGCAAAAGCAAAGAUUUGAAAGACUCGUCAUGUCUAAGGAAAAUUUAUUGAAGAUGUUCCAUUAUUCCAAGUAUAAGACUUACUUGGUUAGUACCAAGAUUCCGGAUGGAGGCGCCACCACCGUCUACAGAUGCGGGUCCUUGAUCGAUUUGUGUACUGGUCCACAUAUCCCUCAUACUGGUCGUAUCAAGGCCUUCAAGCUAUUGAAGAACUCUUCUUGUUACUUCUUGGGAGACAACAACAAUGACUCAUUACAAAGAAUCUACGGUAUCUCUUUCCCAGAUAAGAAAUUGAUGGAUGCUCAUUUGAAAUUCUUAGCUGAAGCUUCCAUGAGAGAUCAUAGAAAGAUCGGUAGAGAACAAGAAUUGUUCUACUUCAAUGAGAUGUCUCCGGGUUCUUGUUUCUGGCUGCCACACGGUACCAGAAUUUACAACACUUUAGUUGAUUUGUUGAGAAGCGAAUACCGUAAGAGAGGUUACGAUGAAGUUAUCACUCCAAACAUGUACAACUCCAAGUUGUGGGAAACUUCUGGUCACUGGGCUAACUACAAAGAAAAUAUGUUCUCCUUCGAAGUUGAAAAGGAAACAUUUGGUUUGAAACCAAUGAACUGUCCCGGUCAUUGUUUAAUGUUUAAGGCUCGUGAACGUUCUUAUAGAGAAUUGCCAUGGAGAGUUGCUGAUUUCGGUGUCAUUCACAGAAACGAAUUCUCCGGUGCUUUGUCUGGUUUGACUCGUGUAAGAAGAUUCCAACAAGACGAUGCUCACAUUUUCUGUACCCAAGACCAAAUCGAAAAUGAAAUCGCUAACAUUUUCGAUUUCUUAAAAUACGUUUAUGGUGUGUUCGGUUUCGAAUUCAAGAUGGAACUAUCCACUAGACCAGAAAAAUACGUUGGUGAACUAGAGACCUGGAACAAUGCGGAAUCCAAACUUGAAACUGCUUUGAAGAAGUGGGGUGGUAACUGGGAAUUAAAUCCAGGUGAUGGUGCUUUCUACGGUCCAAAGAUCGAUAUCAUGAUUUCCGAUGCCCUAAAGAGAUGGCAUCAAUGUGCUACCAUUCAAUUGGAUUUCCAACUACCAAAUAGAUUUGAAUUGGAAUUCAAAACCAAGGAAUUGGAAGGUAGCGACAAUUACGAAAGACCGGUCAUGAUUCAUCGUGCUAUCUUAGGUUCUGUGGAAAGAAUGACUGCUAUCUUGACGGAGCACUUUGCUGGUAAGUGGCCAUUCUGGUUAUCUCCACGUCAAAUCCUUGUCGUACCAGUCGGUGUUAAAUUCCAAGAAUAUGCUCAAGAAGUUCGUGACAAGAUGGUUGAAGCUGGCUUCUACGCAGACGUUGAUCUCACCGGUAAUACCCUACAAAAGAAGGUCAGGAACGGUCAAAUGUUGAAAUAUAACUUCAUUUUCAUUGUUGGUGAACAGGAGAUGACUGAAAAAUCCGUUAAUAUCAGAAACAGGGAUGUUAUGGACUUACAAGGUAAGAACGCCACCGUUCAAGUAGACGCUGUCAUUAACCAAUUGUCCAAGUUGAAGGAAGAAAAGAGAGCUGAUAAUGUCUUGGCUUAA